CAACUCUCGCCGCGGAAGUACAACUUGAUCCGACAGAGAACUUCUCAGUAAUUACCCUCAUGUAUCACAGCAGCCACUGUUUCGGGAUUAAAUCUCAAUCGGAUCAUCAGCCGCUGCUAGCAUUCAUCGUCGGCCGCAGACCGGCGCACCGCAGGCAGGUAACGUCGCACCUCAGCGUAGCGACCCCGCCCCCGCAUCGCCAGCAGCGCUACGCAGCCUGCCUGCCACCUGCGACAACAAAAAACAAAGACACAUCAUCCUCUUCUGCUCUUUCAAAUUUUCAAAUUUUCCUCUUUGUUUUUUCAUCAUCCAAAUUCUUCGGUUCACUUUUGUUCAUUACUUCAAGUAAAGAUGGCUGCUUCGCAACAAAUGUACCCCGCGUCCUAUAUUGGCGCCGACGUCUCAUCUGCCUUUCCAGAGGGCUUCACUGUCCGGCCUAUGGAGAAGGGCGACUUUGCCAAGGGCUUCCUCAAGUGUCUCGAGGAUCUCACUUUCAUGGGCAACGUGACUGAGGACGAAUUCAACGAGCGCUGGGACGAAAUCUACAACGGCGGCAAGGGCCCCUACUACUAUGUUGUUCUUGAGUUUGAGGGCCGCAUCGUCGGCACUGGCAUUGUCGUUGCCGAGAAGAAGUUCAUCCACAACCGCGCCGUCGUCGGCCACAUUGAAGAGGUGUGCAUCGCUAAGCAACACCAGGGCAAGGGCCUCGGCCUCCUCAUGAUGAGAGCCCUCAACUCUGUCGCCGAGAGCGCCGGUUGCACAAAGACGAUUCUCAACUGCAGCCAAGAAAAGGAAAAGUUUUACGAAAAGUGCGGAUACACUGAGUCUGGCAUGGAGAUGGUGCACUACAUUACCGACUUCCGCACUCCUCCUCACACUCCGUAGAUUCGUUAUCGAUCAUCGAUUCAUUGCGUCUUCAUAGCGUAGCGAUAACAGUCAGAUUAGAACCAUAGAACGUGAUCUUCUCAUAUACCAAUAAACCUGCGCACUAACAUGGUUCUCUUGACGAUGACAUUCGCUCCUAAUUUUCUGCAGCAGCAGCACCCUUCUUCUUCACAUCAAUAGCCUUGUCAAGAGCAGAUUGUAACGUGUCAACCAGAUCAUUAAUAUCUUCCAAACCAGCAGAUAUACGGAUACUCUCCUCAAUUGCGCCGUAGCCCCUGUACUCCUCAGCCUCCUUGGGGUCACCGCCAAACAUGAGCAUGUUGUACGGAAACAUUAUAGUAACAUGUCCAGCCAGAUGCGGCGACGAGUAGAAACCACAGUUGUUAUAAAAUGCCUUAGCAGUCUCCAAACUCUCAAAGUUUAUGGUUAGAAGGCAUCCAUAGCCUGGAUCAGGCAUCUCUGCAGUACUCUUCCUCUUGAACUUGUCGAAAUUCGCCUUGCUGUCCAUCAAGGAGGGGUACUGCACGCUGAUAACUGGUGAAUCCGGUACAUCGGUGAUGCUCUUGUGCAAGAAUUCAGCCAUGCCUCGCGCGUUGGCAUUGAGAAUGGUAGCUCGUGCAAAGUAGUCCUGUGAGUUGGAGAGCAGAACAGCGGCAUCGUCAGCAAACAGUUCGUUGUGAUGGGCCACGCUGAAACGGCGAGAGAGCUCGCUGUAGUGUUUCGAGAGAGGGUUGAGCACAACACUGCCACCGAGCACAUCUGCCCUACCGCUGAAUGACUUGGUGAGCGACGUAAGUGUCAUAUCUGAGAGCGCAAAGACGUCAAUGUUGCUGGCGCUACCGAUUGUAUCGUCGACAAUGAGCACAAAGUUGAACGUUUCAGCCUGUAUACAGUAUUAG